AUGGCGGACAAAGAGCCUAUCGUCACCCACGUUUUCACCGCCGACCCUUCGGCCCAUGUUUUCAAUGGCAAGCUCUAUGUCUACCCCUCGCAUGACCGCGAGACAGACAUCCAAGACAACGACAACGGCGACCAAUAUGACAUGAACGACUACCACGUUUUCAGCAUGGAAGAAGUAGGCGGCCCCGUCACAGACCACGGCGUAGCCCUCAAGCAAGAAGAUAUCCCCUGGGUGCAAAAGCAACUUUGGGCUCCCGAUGCCGCCAGCAAGAACGGAAAAUACUACCUUUUCUUCCCGGCGCGAGACAAGGAGGGCAUCUUCAGAGUCGGUGUAGCCACCGGCGACAAGCCCGAAGGACCAUUUAAGCCAGAAGCCGAACCCAUCAAAGGCAGCUUCAGCAUCGACCCAGCCUCCUUUGUCGACGAAGAUGGCUCUGCAUACCUUUAUUUUGGCGGCAUCUGGGGCGGCCAACUCCAAUGCUGGAAGACAGGAAAGUUCAUCCGCGAGGACUACGAAACCAUGGAAGCGCAAUCCGGCAACGCUCUCUGUGCAAAGGUAGCAAAACUCUCCGACGACAUGACAUCCUUCACAACAGACGUCAAAGACGUCGUCAUCCUCGACGAAGCGGGUGAACCCAUCAAAGCCGCAGACCAUGACAGACGGUUCUUCGAAGCCGCGUGGAUGCACAAGUAUAAUGGAAAAUACUACUUUUCGUAUUCCACUGGCGACACACAUUUCCUGUGCUAUGCGACCGGUGACAGCCCGCUCGGUCCGUUUACCUACGGAGGCAGGAUCCUAGAGCCGGUUAUUGGGUGGACGACACAUCAUAGUAUUGCCGAGUUCAAGGGCAAGUGGUAUCUGUUUUACCAUGAUUCGAGUUUGAGUAAAGGGGUGAAUCAUUUGAGGUGUGUUAAGAUUAGGGAGAUUGUGUAUGAUGAGCAGGGCAAGAUUAAGCUUGCUGAGAGUCAGCCCAAGGUUAUGUAG